AUGCCCGAUGUAAUAGCACAAAAGCUUGAUGGCACUUCGGCUGAAGCGUUCUGGACGGGGACAUCGUACCUCCUCACCUCUGCCAUCUUCCAGCCGGUCAUCGCAUCGAUAUCCGCUGUCUUCGGCCGGCAACAGCUCCUCAUCACCUCGCUCCUCUUCUUCACAGUCGGUACGAUACUAUGCUCGGUCGCAGACAAUUUCACUGAGCUGCUCGGAGGAAGAUGCAUCCAAGGAAUCGGUGGUGGUGGGAUUAUAACGUUAACACAAGUCAUCUUUUGCGACAUCGUCCCGCUGAGACAACGCCCGAAAUACUUCGCGAUGGUUCUCGGAUGCUGGAGCAUAGGGUCCAUCAUCGGACCCGUAGUUGGUGGUAAGCUUGUGGAAAGCGCAUCCUGGCGAUGGGCAUUCCACAUCAACUAUCCAUUCUGCGCUAUCGGCUUCGCUGUUGCGAUCUUGUUCGUGCGCCUUGACGCGGUGGCGAAACUCACAUUCCAGGAGAAGCUCAAGCGGGUGGAUUGGCUGGGCGCAGUACUCUUCAUUGGCAGCAUGACGAGCCUGUUGAUUGGAAUCUCUUGGGGCGGCAUCCAGCAUCCCUGGGACUCAGUUGCGACUCUUGCACCUAUCAUUGCGGGGAUGACAGGAAUCGUUGCGUUCUUCCUGUGGCAAUGGUACAGAAAAGAGCACACCCUAUUGCCUUUGGCAGUGUUCGAAAGCUGGAGCGCAAUCGCCGCUUUUUACAACGCGCUGAUCAAUGGCCUACUACUCUUCACGACCUUGUACUACUGGCCAUUCUACGAUAUGAGUGUUCGCGGGAGAUAUCCUACCCAGGCGGGUAUUGACAUGCUACCGGUCGUCCUCCUCACGGUUCCCAGUUCCGUCAUUGUUUCGAUAUUGACGACGCGUCUUGGACGAUUCCGAUGGGCGAUUUGGGGUGGCUGGAUGGUUACGACACUUGCGUGCGGGUUGCAGGUUAUGCUCGACGUAGAUUCAACAACUGUUGUCACGUCAGCGCUUCUUGCCGUAUUAGGAGUUGGUAUGGGCAUGGUACUGACAAGUCUCAAUGUCGGCAUUCAGGCUAUUUCCAAGCCAGAAGACGCAGCAAUGGCCGCGAGCAUGUACGGCUUUCUCCGAAGCCUGGGUAUGCCCAUCGGUGUCGCCCUCGCAGGGUCGGUCUUCUCAAACUCCAUGUCCGACAAGCUUUCAGAGCUAGGACUGCCCACCUCGAUCGCUCACGACUCUGAGCAAUAUAUCUUCGUCUUGCGCAAAAUGGCGGACUCCCCGCAGAAAAGUGCCAUUCUGUCUUCGUACAUGAGAGGGUUCGAUUCGGUCUUCGUCAUGGUCACAGGUCUCUCAGCUACUGCGCUCAUCGUCAGCUUUAUGAUCAGAAAGUUCAGCAUGGACAAAAUACUGGUUGCGCAAUUCUCCGCGAAGUGA